AGCUGGCGGGUGGUGGGGGGGGACUGCAUGCUGUGCUUUCGGGCCUACUUGAUAACGGUGAAGUUGAGGAAAAAGGAGAAAAUGGUGAUGUGGUACGAAGCGGGCUUGAAGAGGAGCCGGAGUGAGGGCUAAAACCGCCUGGGAUCCGGGAUCUGAGCAGACCAGCUGAACAAAACCGGGAUCCAAGUUUUCGAGGAUAAGACAGCUGCUUUGAUUAAAGACCUCCAAUUAACUUCAUGUGAAAAAGAGAGGGAGGAAAUCAGCUUCCUGGUCGGGGGGGUGGGGGAUACAGAGAUAUAUUAUUCAUGCCUUGUGUCAGGGCAAUUGGAGAACCGGCUUUGCUGUGGCCUAGAUGAUACAUAUAUGUGUAUUUAUAUAUGUUUUAAAUGAGCCCUUGAGAGGAAGGGUGGACCUUAAGACACACACACACACACGCACACACACUCAAAAAGAAGGCGAAUGACACUCGGGUAGCCUCAAAGUAAAGCACUUGCGCAAAAAGAAAAAAAGGCUGAAGUGGGUUGAAGCAUGGGCUGUGCUUCAAGUAUUCAUAUCUCUGAUAGGGUGGUCUACCACAGUGGAAAAGAGUCCGAGGAUUCCCACUCACCCCAGCAGACUAACACCACUCAGCAUCAAGGAAAUCCUGCCUCGGGACUACCCCUGAAACCCCCGAGCUGCAAGACCACAUUAACAGAGGUGCAAUUUGGACCAAUGAAGUUAUUUAAAGACCCACUUCAGGUACUUUUAGUUUUUGCCAAAGAGGACAGUCAGAGUAAUGGCUUCUGCUGGGCAUGUGAGAAGGCCAACUUCAGGUGCAGCAUGGCACGAACACCGGAGUCGGCUCUUGAAUGCUUCUUGGAGAAGCAUCAUGACCUCGUCAUCAUUGACCACAGACAUUCCAGACACUUUGACGCUGAAGCACUAUGCCGGUCAAUUAGAGCGGUCAACUCUUCAGAAAACACUGUGAUAGUCGCCGUUGUGAAAAGGCCCGACAGGGAGGAAGCCUCUGUGAUGCCCCUGAUCAAUGCCGGCUUUAAUAGGAGAUAUGUGGAGAAUGCCAAUAUGAUGGCCUGCUACAAUGAGCUGCUACAGUUGGAGCAUGGAGAGGUGCGGGCGCAGUUCAAACUGAGGGCUGGAAAUGCUAUUUUCACAGCUCUAGAACAAAGCCAAGAGGCCAUAGAGAUCACUUCUGAAGAUCAAGUUAUUCAGUACGUGAACCCUGCCUACGAGUCCAUUAUGGGCUACCAGCAAGGCGAGCUAAUAGGGAAGGAAAUAAUAGAAGUGCCUAAAAGUGAGAAGAAUAAGCCUGAUCUCCUUGAAACAAUAAAUUCCUGCAUACGUAAAGGAAAGGAGUGGCAGGGAAUUUAUUAUGCCAAAAAGAAGAAUGGAGACAGCAUUCAGCAAAAUGUGAAGAUCACACCUGUAAUUGGACAGGGAGGAAAAAUCAGACACUAUGUGUCUAUCAACUGGCCUUUAAAUGAUAAUAAUAAGAGUGAUAAAACCAGUGAACGCGUGCAGGCAGAGUCUCAGACAGACAUCCAAUCCAGUAAGCACAAAGACCGGAGGAAAGGCUCUCUGGACGUAAGAUCCACAACAUCUCGGGGGAGCGAUGGGAGCUCACAGCGAAGGCACUCCUCGAUGGCCCGAAUCCACUCCAUGACUAUAGAAGCUCCCAUCACCAAGGUAAUCAACAUCAUCAAUGCAGCGCAGGAAAGCAGUCCUAUGCCCGUGGCAGAGGCCUUGGAUCGGGUACUGGAGAUCCUGAGGACCACUGAGCUCUACUCCCCGCAGUUAGGCACCAAGGAUGAAGACCCCCACACGAAUGACCUCGUGGGGGGGCUGAUGACGGAUGGUUUACGCAGAUUGUCAGGAAAUGAAUACAUCUUUUCCACAAAACAGCCCCACCAUAUCCCCAGUCACCUGAUAACUCCUCUGUCAUUAAAUGACAUCCCCCCUCGUAUCGCGCAGACCAUGGAGAAUGAGGACUCUUGGGACUUUGACAUCUUCAACUUGGAGGCUGCAACCAUGAAACGGCCUUUGACCUACUUGGGCCUGAAGAUCUUCUCCCGCUUUGGUGUCUGCGAGUUCCUAAACUGCCCCGAGGCCACUUUGCGCUCCUGGCUACAAGUGAUUGAAGCUAACUACCACUCCAGUAACUCCUACCACAACUCGUCUCAUGCAGCUGAUGUUCUGCACGCAACAGCAUAUUUCCUCUGCAAGGAGAGGGUCAAGCAAAGUUUGGAUCCCAUUGACGAGGUGGCUUCCCUGAUUGCUGCCACGGUGCACGAUGUGGACCACCCAGGCCGCACCAACAGCUUCCUGUGCAACGCAGGAAGCGAGCUGGCCAUCCUCUACAAUGACACGGCUGUGCUCGAGAGCCACCACGCAGCACUGGCCUUCCAGAUCACCACAAGAGAUGAUAAGUGCAACAUCUUCAAAAACAUUGAAAGGAAUGAAUAUCGAACACUACGACAGGCUAUCAUUGAUAUGGUGCUCGCGACUGAGAUGACCAAACACUUUGAACAUGUCAACAAAUUUGUCAACAGCAUCAACAAGCCGCUGGCUGCUCUGGAGGAAAAUGGGGGAAACAGUGAUGAGGAAUCUGUCAAAAGCAUUUUGACAUCGCCCGAGAAUCGCAUCCUUGUCAAGCGGAUGCUGAUUAAGUGUGCAGACAUCUCCAAUCCGUGCAGGCCUCAGGAGCUCUGUAUAGAAUGGGCCGGACGCAUCUCAGAGGAGUAUUUUGCACAGACGGACGAGGAGAAGAGGCAAGGUCUACCAGUGGUUAUGCCUGUGUUUGACAGAAACACGUGUAGCAUCCCAAAGUCCCAGAUUUCCUUCAUAGACUACUUCAUUACGGACAUGUUUGAUGCAUGGGAUGCUUUUGCAGACCUCCCCAAUCUUAUGCAGCACUUGGACAACAACUUCAAGUACUGGAAAGGCCUGGAUGAGAGGAAGCUGCACAGCCUGCGACCGCCUCCAGAGUAGGCGCUGCGGUGUCCAGCCCUGGGACUCUGUGGCCUGGUGCAGCCGUCCUCUCUCGUGCUGGGGCGUCUCUCUCCCUGCCAGCCAAAGGGCCUCCUCGCCUUCACUCUCCUGCUUCUGUAGCACGCCCAGCGUCCACAUGUCCGUCCAUACAGAAACCACAGAAGGACUUCCUGACAGGCAGCUGCAGCAGUGACAUUGCUGGCUUUACACCCCUGUCAGAUGAGAACUGUGACAAACAGGAACGGACACACAGCAUCCUUAUGAACUUCUCGUGCCUCUCAGGCAUUCGCAGUGUAGCUGGUCAUGUGACAUGACUGAGAGAGGGUCCUUACAGGCCUCCUGGCAAAGCAUCCGUCCCCUUAUUACCACGGUGGCUCUCCUGUCUGCCUGUGAAGUUGCUGUUCGAGUAAAGACUGCCUGUUUACUGAAGGAGCGAGCAACACCGGAGGAGCUGAUGGAAGUGUGGUCUGGACAUGAGGGUGUCCAAUCACCGUCAGGCCAUACAGUCACCUUUGACCUCCGUCCCUGUGCUCGUAGCAAGGCAGGGCUGCCCCCUCUGCCCCUGGAGGCCACACCAUGAAAGAACACUCCACUGCUUUUUUUUUUUUU